CGGCGAGUCGAACGAGCCUACAGCAGAGCUUAUAACUGUCACGAGUGUUUUUUAGUUUUAUCAACCUCGAGCGAUCACUUUUAUUACUUGACCAUGGAAAUCGAGCGCGAAAGAGAGCUGAUAACCGCCGAACUGCAAAAAAGCUACGCUCGAAUCUUUGCAAAGUCAAAGCCAUGUCACGUUCAAGCCAAGUCCGAGAUCAGAGCUCAGAGAAGCUUCGAUAAAGCCAAGAAAUUGUAUAACAAAAUCAAAGACGAUACGAUGCUCAAGUUUUCGGCCUGGCAGCAGAAAGUUUACAAUCAUCUGGGCAUGGCACUAGCGGCAGCGCCAAUUCUCUCGACUCUACAAAGGGACAUUUUCGUCUACCGCAUCAACGUGAAUUUCAAGUUCCAACAAUACUUGGACUCUAUGAGAGACAUCAAAUACGUGAAGAAGCACUUUGAUCAAUUCCUACUGGACGAGGCGUUUAAAAAGGAGUUUUCAGAGUUGGAAAAGAAAAUCGCACUCGUCUACUACGACAGCUAUCUUUUACAAGAGAACCAGAACGUGGACAACUUGCCACCCUUGGAGGUGCGCCAGCAGCGCGCGAUAGACUACAUCGACACGAAGCUGCGGGUAAAGGACGACGCCUGCCCGAGCUACGAGUGGGACACGAUCGAGGCCAUGUCCUUGAAGGACCACCGGGAAAACGUGUACCUCGGCUUCGACCUGCGCUACGGGCGUCAUUUGCUGGCGGCCCGCGACAUCCAGCCCGGCGAGGUCGUCCUCGUGGACACGCCCUACGCCUACUCGCCCGCCAAUUAUCGCUUUUACGUUUGCAGCUACUGCAUGAAAAUCAGCAGGUGCUGCGUCGCUUGCAACGGCUGCGACCAAGUGGUCUAUUGCUCGGAAAGGUGCAGCAACUGGGCUUGGGACGCUUAUCACGAUGUCGAGUGCCAAUUGAAGCCCGCUUACGUGAGGGUCCUGGAAUUUUUGAAGCUACCGUCGGCGCCGUCUAAUUUCACGUGGGAUACGCUCGCCAUCAGAGGAUUGAUCAAGGCUUGCAGGCAAUCGACCGUAGACAUGAGGGAGUUCAUCGAUCGAUUGGAGAAGGUCGAUUACGAAGUGGAUAACUGUAAGAAGGGCUGCCGUCCGGACGGCAAAUUCGAUUCCAAGGACUUUCAUAGCUACUUCAGCUUGAGGAGCAACGUCAAGGACGGCGAGCUCAAGAGCAUCGUGACCUUUAGCACGAUUGCCCUCUUGUGUUUGGCCAAAUUCACGACCUUCCUCACGGACGUAACCGGCUUGCGAUGCGAAACGACCAAAUUACGAGACUAUCCCGACGUCGUGAACCUCGGCGCUAUUCUACUGAGACUGGCCAAAGUCAACAGAUACCACGCUCACAACGUGAUCAACCCCAUCCACUGGUGCAAAAACAGCCUCAAAAAGCCCUAUUACUGCUCAGACAGUUACAAGUGCUCGUACGGCCAGAUGAUCGCUCCCCUCGCCAGUUUGGUAAAUCACGAUUGCGACCCUAACGUUAGAAAAGUCUUCACCUACAACAAAAAAGUCAUGUUCUACGCCGUCAAAGCCAUUGAGAAGCACAGUCAGAUAUUCGAUUGUUACUACAAUUAUUCUUACUUGCAAUGCUGCGAAAUGAGCGAGCGGCAAAAAUUUCUGCGCUCCAACUAUGACUUGGAUUGUAAUUGCGAUGCCUGCCAGAGACUCGAGGACCUUUGGUACCCCUUAUCGUGUGGCGACGCUUGGGAUUUUUUCUCCAAUUGCGAAACUUCUAUGAAGGAGAGUAAAAUUUUAUCUCAAUAUUUUCAUUUUAUCAAUUUAAUCGAUGAAGAGUCGGUCAGACUGAACGAUAAUGUCAAAGUAUCGUUGGCAGAGGCUGUGCUUGAGUUGGACGAUAGUAACAUAGGUGUUACUUCCAAAGUCAGGGCCAAAAUAGUCUAUACAAUGAUGAAAUAUUUCGAACAAAAAUAUGGAUACAGACAAGUUGGAAAGCCAUACGAUUUGGAUGAAGUUCAGUGUUAGCUUCGUAACGAUACUAAGAUGUACACACCCAAACGUUAUACUACACAUAGCCGCUAACACUGCUGUGUUUUUUGUUCCUCUGUAUAAAUAUUUAAACGUGUAAAAAUUUCAUCACAAUCAUAUACAUACGACAAAAUAUGUAACAAUAAAAGUAAACCUGAAAUCCCAAUGAAUCAGGUGAUUUAGAGUUGAA